AUGCCUUCAAAAAAGAAAACACCCACCAAGAAAUCGCAUAAACGAAAGUCCUCUUCAUCGGAUCAAACAUCCGGAUCAAAAAGAAAACAUCCAAUCCUCAUCACAAAGCCCAUAAUUUUAGGAAAUUACGCAAUUGGACUUAAAAAGAAAGAUACAGAACGUUUAUGGUGUAAAUGGGUCUGCUACGUGCGAGGUCUAAUCUUGGAUGACGAUUUAAAUUACAUUUCGAAGGUUGUGUUUCAUCUUCAUGAAACAUUUAACCCACCAGUAGUUACUGUUACAAAACCUCCAUUUGAAAUUGAACAAGAAGGUUGGGGACAAUUUCCACUUUUAAUCGACAUCCAUUUUCAUGCCUCGAGUGGUCUUGACCCUAUCCAUUUACAAUAUGAUUUAAAACUUCCAUCAGAUAAUGCAAUCAAAAAAAGAAAGCCAUUUGUUUCAGAGCAAUAUGAAGAAUUAUUAUUCUACGAUCCAACGGAGCAAUUUGAACAAAUUCUCAAAAUCAAUGCAGAAAAUGUGAAAAAUAUAAUCAAGAAAAUUAAAACAGCAACAGAAGCAUCAUUGAAAAACGAAUCUGAUAGUGACAAUGACGAAUCAACGAGUGAUAAAAAGUCUGGUGCUGGUUCCGUAACAACCAAUUCAAUGGAGACAUCGUCAUUUAGACCUUCUGUGUCUGCGCAAAUAGAACAGCAUGCUCCUAUUCUUAAAGAAGAAACCUCUUUGAAAGCAAUAACAGAAAUGGCAGAGAAAUUAAGAGAACAAAUUAAGGAGCGCGAACAACCCUCUACUGGAACUGCUACAUCAAAGUCUGAAAGUGGCUCUCGUUCAUCGAAAUCUAAGAAAUCAAAGUCGAACAAAAAAUCCAACAAGAAGGAGAGCGAUGAUGAAGAUGAUGAUGAUUAUGUGGACUAA